GCUCGUACAAAAGCUUAGGAUUCUGUGCCGAGCACUGUUUGUGUUUAUUUGUAACUCUUGAGUAGUAUAUUCUUUGAUUUGUAAUGUGCUUACACUUGUUUCAUGAAUACUUGUAAUUUUUCAUUAAGUACUGUUUGUUAAUUUAUUCGUACAACUUAACUACACCGUUAUCAAAAUGUAUUUAAGAUAUUAUUUAAACGAAAAUGGUGAUAGGCAAUAUACGUUAUCUACCAUUGAUCCACAUGGAAAACCUACUUUAUCAGCACAUCCGGCUCGUUUCUCCCCAGAAGAUAAAUAUUCAAGACAAAGAAUAACAAUUAAGAAGAGAUUUGGACUAUUACUAACACAGCAACCUGAGCCUAUUCAUUAAUAUUAUAAGUAAUUGUUGUUUUUUCACAGAAAACUAAUAAUAUACAGAUUUCAAGAUGAUGUGAUAAAAGAAUGUAUUUAAUUUAAACCACCUCAUG